UUAUUAUUGUUUAUGGAGCUGGAUCGAGAAAAUCGGGCGCAAACCUUUAAAUAAAUAUGUUGACGGGUAGAAAACAAUAUUUUGAGUUUGAGCUCUACAGCGUGCGGAUACCCCAUCAUCGGCGACAGCAGCAGCUAAAGCAGAGCUCCGUGUAAAAGCUUGCCCCGAAGUGACGUCACUUGUUUGUGAUUCCCUGUUAAUCAACGAGCAUCUACAUUCCAGUUCCAGGCUGGUAAUAAAUAUAUAAUUUGGAUUUGAUAGCAUUUUUAACUAUUGAAAAUGAGAUAUUUUGGCGGUGUUGAAGGUGGAGCAACGCACUCUCGCCUGGUGAUCUGUGAUGAGAGCGGCGAAUCCGUGGGUUCGACCAGCGGCUUGGGCACUAAUCAUUGGGGUAUUGGCAUAGCGGAAUGUGCCCGACGUAUUGCCGAUAUGGUGGAACGGGCCAAGGAGGAAGCUAAUAUACCUAAGGACACACCACUCACAAGUUUGGGACUCAGUCUGAGUGGAUGUGAGCAGGAGGCAACUAAUCGAGAGCUAGAACAGGAGCUACGCACCACAUUUCCCAAUCUCUCAAACAGCUAUGCCGUCUCUAGCGACACAAUGGGUAGUAUGUUUACGGCCUCCUCCAUCGGUGGAAUGGUACUCAUUUCGGGCACAGGAUCGAAUUGCCUGCUACGCAACUCAGACGGCUCAACAUACAAUUGCGGCGGCUGGGGCAAUUUUCUAGGUGACGAGGGCAGUGCCUGGUAUAUAUCACAUCGAGCCGUUAAAGUAGUUUUUGAUGACAUGGACAAUUUUGUAAAGUCACCGGCGCCGGUGGACAAGACGUGGUCGUUGAUCAAGGAACAUUUCAGCAUUGAGACCCGAUACGAUAUGUUACCACACUGUUAUGCUAAAUUUGAUAAACCCUUCUUUGCUAAUCUUUGCAAAAAAUUGGCUCAGAAUGCUGAACAGGGCGAUCAAUUGGCACUUGGACUAUUUCGUGAGGCCGGAGUUCAUUUGGCACGGAUGAUUGCAUCCUUGUUGCCCAACGUGCACAAGGAUCUGGUAGAAUCUGGUGAUUUAAGUGUAGUAUGUGUUGGAUCCGUAUGGUCAAGCUGGGAUCUGCUGCAAGAGGCGUUCAAUAAGGAGAUAUCUAAGCAGAGCAUCGAUUACAAUCUAAAGCUGGUCCGAAUAACCAAAAGCAGUGCUUAUGGAGCCUGUUAUCUCGGUGCCGAUAAUGCAAAUUUUGAUUUACCCCGCAACUAUGCCGAUAAUUUCACAGUUCUUCACACGGUCGAACCAUGCAAGAUUAAUGGACAGAAUGGCAUAGCAAAAGAGACGUUUAAAUGCUAGAUUAGACAAUGUACAUUCAGAUACACAAACAUUUCCAACACUAAGAUAAUAUAUACUUUACAUAUACAUACAUACAUACAUAUCCAAGAAUUUCGUAGGUCACUAGACGUGAAUUGGAUUUACAAUUUGGGAGGCAUUGUGAUAAAAGUAUAGUGAUUGCUCACAAAUAUGUUCCUUGAAAUAAUUUCAUUGCCUAUUGUUAUCCAGAGUCGUUUCAACAUCUUCUCUUAGGCGGCUCCCAGCUGCUAUUUCUUCCUGUUAAAUAUGCCCAUGCCAUUGGGAAUAAGACACACAGAUCCAUAUGAUUUUUCUGGGGUUUGUUAGAAAUACAAUACGUAUGAAAAUGUUUAUUCGAUAAAAUUCAUUGUAUUAAGUGCUUGUAAUGUCUAUUAUUGGGGGAAGAGGGUUUUGUCCAAUGCCCCUCUUCGCAUCUUCCACUAUUAUAUUCGUAUAUAAAUUGUUGUUUAGUUUGCUGCUUCUA